AUGUAUAUUAGGAAUGAAACAGAAGAAGAUUUGAAAAACGGAGAAGAAAUAGAUGAAGUCGGUUGUUUAUUAAUAUUUGAUGAAACUUACAAAUCCGUAAUUGAUUCUUUUCCAUUAAAUGAAGGAAGGAAUUAUAUAUGUGGGUCAACAAAGUCAGUUUUUGAGCCAUUUGGUGAAAAAACCAAAAAGCGAGUUAAGAAUACAAAAUUAAAAGGAAACCAUAAAACUGAUAAUGAAGAUUACCAUGCAAUCAUACAUGUUGAACAAGGUGAAUUUUUUGUUGAAGAUAAUAACAGUGAUGUUGGGACAUUUAGAAAGAAUUUGAAACAUAAAAUAAAACCAAAUUGCAAGUACGAAUUAAUUCCUGGUGAAGACUUAUAUUUUGGGAAUUUAAAAACCAAAUUAAUAAGAUACGAUUCAAUGGAAUCUAUAGAGACCCCAAAAUGGAAAAGGCAUAGUAUUGAAAAUAAAGAGAAUGACCAAAUACAACUGGAAAUUCUGGAAGAAAGUCCAAAAAUUGAUCAAAUAGAAAAUAUUGAUUUUAUUAGAAACAAAAAAUCUCCAAAAAAUGAAUCAAUAUCAACAUUUAAUGAGGAUAUUGAAAAUGAUUCUUUACUUUCAAAUAGACCAAAGAGGAAAUCUCCAAAAAGUAUACAAGACAAAAAUAUAAAUCAUUUAUCAGUACAAAAUGAAACAGAUAAGGUAGUAUUACUAUGGACAGGAUGUACUCCAACAAAUAAAGAUAUUGAAUUAAUAAGAAGAGCAAAUCUAACUUCUAUAGAUUCUGAGGAUCUUGAGUUUAUGUCAGAUAAAGUUACACAUGUGGUUUCAUCAUCAAUUAAGAGGACAUUAAAAUUUUUAUGGGCAAUAUCAAAGGGUCUUCCUAUAAUAUCUCCAAUUACCUUAAGGCAAAUAUUGAAUUUAUAUAGAAAUAAGGAAUUAAAUUUUAAAGAAUUUAAUAAUUUAUGUAUGAAUCAAUUACUUAAUGAUUUAGAAGGUGAAAAGAAGUUUGGUUUUUCUCUUAAAAAUUCCAUUAAUAAGGCACAAAAUAAUAUGCCGAUCUUUAGUAAUUAUAAAUUUGUUAUUUCUCCAAAUAUAAAAGUUCCUUCUAUUAAUGAAAUCUCAUGGCUAUUAAAAUCAAGUAAUGCUGAAAUUAUUGAAUUAGAAAAGGCAAACAAGAUUCAAAAUAAGUCAAAUAUUAUUUUUAUUGGAACUAAUUCAGAUCCUAAUAAAUUAUUCAAAAAUUUUAAGACCCAUUCAAUUGACUUUAUUUUUGAUUCUAUAAUUAAGCAGGAAAUCAACACCAGUAAAAAUCUAAUCACAAUUUAA